AUGAGUGAGCUCGUGAAGAGGAUUGAGAAGGAUCCGUACAAUUUUCUCUUCGGCAGGAGUAAUGCAUAUUUGCAAAUGGGAAAGGGCUGGUCCUCCUUCUGUCGCUCGUUCCUGGAUCCCGAAGGGUCUUUAGAGCAGAAACGGGGGCCGUCUUCGGCGCAAGAGCAUCCAGUAAAGAAUMCCCCAGCCGAUGUUUCUUCAAAACCAUUGAAGGGGAAGGGAGAUGGUGAUUUUGUUACAGUAAAAUCAUACAAGCCUUCCGACGUCAAUAGUCUUCGUUACGACCCUAUUAGUGGCCGAAUGAAGCCGGUGGAGCAGCCAGCUACAAUAGUGGCACGAGACGAAACCAAAUAUGGCAGCCAUAUUAUUGAUAGUCCGGUCAAAGUCGCCGGUGAAACAGAUUCUGAUCAUAUUGGAGUUCCAGGACAGCAAUUUCCCAAAUCCACAGACACGAUACCACCGGUGCAGUUCCCUAGACACCAGGUGCACAAGGAUAGCGUCUUCUACAUGGCAGGUCCUACAGAAGACAGCACUGUGGCCUUGAAAGACACCUCAAGUAUACCCACCAAAAAAUUGCAAUGUCCCAAAAAUGCGCCAACCAGUCAGAAGAAGCAACUAUACUAUGAGCCCAAUGAAAUGAAAGAAGAUGAUGUCGACUUGCUUCGUGCAAGUGAUAUUCGGGCAUCAUACUUUGCUGGUGAGACCAAACAAGAGUUGGCAGAGAAGAAGAAACAAGCUAGGGAAGCAAUGGAGAAGGAGUAUACUUUGGCUACUCAGCAGAAUAUUGACAAUGAGAUACUUCAGGACCUGAGACAAAAGAAAGACGCCACGACGAAUGCGCUGAGGGCCUCUCUUGACGAUUUUCUCGAAGACACAAGACGUUUCAUCAACAAUGUUCGACUUCUCACCAACGAUAUACAAAAUGCAAGUGAUAGAGUAGAAGCAGUCACGAAUACUUCUAUGGACACACUGCGGAUCCUUGCAUUUGACCCUGUCAACUCUCAGGUAGUCUGCGCCGAAACGACAUCGUCGAUGCAUGCGAACGAAUCAAUUCGUCCUGCGGCAGACGUACUGUUACAUUUGAACAAUCCAGCAAAGUUUCUUCCGCACUUUGCGAAAAUGAAGGCAGACGGGUACGAAAUUGUUUCAGGGGGUAGUGAUAUCCUCAUAUUUCGGAAGAUAGUCUCCGAAGGCUCGGAGAGUACAAUGACCGGAUCUGCAGAUAUCGAACACUUCGCAAUCUCAACGGAGGACGGAAUUGGUUCAGCGGCCGACUCACUGGAUGCCAAAGACAGCUACCCGCCACCACAGCCUUCAUCGAAUACAGACCGGUCAAAGUCGAGAAUAGUACAGAGGCAAGAGACCGUGUUCACCGGGGGACCCCCAAAUUGGUCGCCAUAUCAUUCUCCUUCAUCCUCUAGCAUCGCCACAGAGGAACUCGAAUACCCUCGAACCGAGACUUCAAAUAAGUCAUCAACAGCCUCUAAACUAGGCAAAGGUCUCCGACGCAUUGUCUUGAGCGGCGUCGCAACCGCAGGAACGUUCUAUGCUAUUGGAGUCGUAUGCGAAUACUUCCUGACAGGUGGCCAGGACGGUCUGGGUCCGGAGGGAUUUACUGAAUUUGAAGCCGAGCGACGGCGACGUGAGUAG